CCUUCAGGCGCUGCCACCACCUCGCGCUUCCUGGCCGCGUCUCUUCUCCCCUCCGCCUCCCCCGCUGCUGCUUUCAUCGCAAACUUCGCCCUCUCUUCUCCGACCCGUGAAACUCACGGCGGCCCCGAGCGCUUCCCCCGUCAAAGCGUCGCCUCGAGAUAUUUGUUUGAUAGGCACCUGUUGAUUGUCGAGGCCAACCACAGCCAGUGGAGAUGCUGAAUGCGGAGACUGUUGUGGAGACAGGAGGACGUAAGGACUCUCCUCACCAGGUCGCUUACAAAGGUAGCCUUCAAAGCUGCACCAAGAUUGAAUUUGAGGAACCCGCUGAAGAAAGUAAGAAUGGUGACGAUGGUUCUGCGGAUGCUGACAUGACAGACGGCGAUCAGCAAAGCUCAAAUAUUGAUAGAAUUAAACAUAUGCUUUUCACGGAACCCCAGCGUAAAAUAUCACCUGAUGUGCACAUGAAGACUGCUAGACACCCGUAUGUGUUACAAAAAGGUGACACCGCUGCAGUUCCAAAUCAUGCGGAAAAAUUUUCUGAAACGAGGAAAGUUUUUGAAAAGACAAAUUUUAAACCACAGUCGAGCAUGAAAGAUACAAAAUGGACAUAUCUUAAAAGUUCUCCCUCGGAGAAAGACGGCGAAGAAAAGUAUUUUACAAGCCCAAAGGCUGAGUCUGGACUGCAAAAACAGCUGGGUUUAUAUAGAGAGUCAUCUGUAUCAAGUUCAGUUAGUUCCACAUCUUCAGAUUUUAAAAGUCGAUCACGUCUCAAUUCUGGACCAAUAUCCAAAAGGCUGUCAAGCUUUUUACUUGAUGACGAUGAAGAUGAAAUUGAAGCUAAUGCAGAAGAAACUUUCAGUUUUUCAGACCAGAGUAAUGCAGAAAGUCCAAGUACACGCACAACACCCACGAGUUCAACUAAAGUGUUUGGCAGCCCAGACAAAAAUGUAUCAUCACCAUUGUUUACUUCCCCUUUAAAACUGAACCCUGUUCUUGAAGGCAAUGAUACUCAAAAUGUGCAAAGUGCCGAGAUCCAGGUUGUUAGCACUGGCAUUGAAGAUGUGAAUGAAUUCAGAAGAGACAUUUUACCCAGUCCAUGUUAUCCACAGAAGGAAUGUUUGGUUAUUUUAGGUUCCAGCAGUGAUAAGACAUCAGACAGUUUUAAGGCAGACAUCACAGUUGGGAAAGCAGACCAGGAUUUGUCGAUGGUGCCACAGAUUGCACAUUUAAGAGAACCUAGUCAUCAGGAGGACCAUGAAGCUCAAGUCAAGAAACAGGAUUUGCUGUUGGACCAAAACGUCUCGUCCAGUACAGAUGACUCUGAUCAUGAUGAUGAGGAGGGCAGUAGUGACGAUGACAGUGACGAGACGGACAGCAGCGAUGACAAGAGGCCACGUGAGCGAUUUAUCAGUGUCGGCAUAGAAAAUGCAGCUUUUGAAGAUACGGCCGAUCAAGAUAUUGAUAGCAAAUCAGAAGACGAGGCCGUGGCAGAAAAUGGUGUUGUUGGUGGUGGACAUCACUGUAAUGAAAUCCCAGGUCUUUCAGAUGAUGAUGAUCCUCCAUCGGAAAAGCGUAAAGUACACUUCAGCACAGCACCCAUGAAGGUGUUUCCAAUGUUUACGAACAGAGAGUAUGACCGGACAAAUGACGAUGUGGACCCAAUUGCGUCCUCGGCAGAGUACGAGCUUGAAAAGCAAAUUGAGCUCAUGGAUGUUUUUCCUGUGGAACUUAACAAAGGAGAUGGAGGGCUUGGAAUAAGUAUCAUUGGCAUGGGAGUAGGAAUAGAUUCCGGUAUUGAGAAGCUGGGUAUCUUUGUGAAGUCGGUCAUUGAUGGUGGAGCAGCACAUAAGGAUGGCCGCAUCAAGGAGAAUGAUCAGAUUGUGGAAGUGGAUGGAACCAGCCUGGUGGGCGUCUCGCAACAUUUUGCUGCCAGUGUCUUGAAGAACACCAAAGGCCUUGUCAAGUUCCUCAUUGGCCGUGAGCAAGAAGGCCAGAAGACCAGCGUGUGCAGUAUGCUGAUGCAGACGUUGCCGGCCGAGAAGAAGCAAGAAGAGCCGCUUCAGCAGGAUCACAGCUCGAACGAUUCAGACGGGCAAGACAACGAAGCUGAGCCGUGUCCUAUGGACGAAGCCGAGGAGAUCCUGGGCGGUCACCACGUCAGCAUGGUCACCCAGCUCAGCGAGCUGCCCGCCACUGAGCUGCUCUUCCAUCCGCCGGACAUGGAGGUCGCGUCGCAGGCGAAUGCCUUGGAAGAUUUGCAAAAUGCACAUUCUGCAAAGGAAAGAGAAAUAUCAAGACUGAUGCAAAAGAUAAAAGAACUGGAGAAAGAGAAGCAGGAGUGGGGGCGGGAGAAGACGAUGCUUCUCGGGACAAUCCAGGACAAUCGCGAGGAGGCAGGGCGGCUGCAGGGCCAGAGCCGAGAUGCCGAGGAGCUCCUGAAGGAGAGCCGCUUGCGUUACGACGAUCUGAGCUCCAAGUACACGCACCUCGUCAUGCUGCUGCCGCAGGAGCUGCUUGGCACACUGCCGGCAUCGUUCAAGACGGCUAUGGAUCAAACGAACAAAGAGCUCAAGGAGAGGCAAGAGCAGCAGAUGCAGGGGCGCGUGGAGAAGAUGGCAGCACUGCACCAGGCGAAGGCUGACUUCAUGAAGCCUCCGGAGGUCUCCCGUGAGGCACGAGAAGCAGUCCCCAGUGAAAUUGGCAUCUCUGAUGUCAAGAUUUUAGAGGUUUCUAACGUUGGUCAGAAUGAUAUCCUACCAUCGGUUCAUGAAGAAGCUGUGAAAGCCCAAGGAGAAAAUAAGCAAGACACAGCUGGAACUGUAUCCAUUGUUCCAGUCACAGACUUCGAUGACCUCGUGCCCCAGACACAACGUCUGGACAGCAGCGCUCACAAGUCCAAGGUGCAACUCCUGGUGAAGGCGAAGCGCAAGCAGCCAACACGUAUUCUGCUGCGGGGCGCGACCCCGGAGGGCACGACCGCGGAGGGCGUGACCCCAGAGCGGGCCACCCCGGUGCGGGCGAACGCAGGGCACGCGACCCCGGAGAGCAUGACCCCAUUGCGGGUGACCCUGGAGGGCGCCACUCCGGAGCAGGUUGCCGGUCGCACGGAGGAUGCAGUCCUUCCAGCAAACGAGACCUUUGGCUCCGAGACACGCGGGGAGACUGGCGGGGAGGAUUCUGACAUGCUCUCAGCAGUCAUGGCGAUCGGGAUGUCGGCCUCGAGCCUCGCCCAGCGUGAGGCACCAGAACCCACGGGCUCCCUCGAGCCUGGCCUGGCGCGGGCAACUGCACCAGAAACAAACCCAGCUGCAGAUGAGUUGGCAGGGGCAGAAGUGACGGCUGUGCCACGGUACACUCCCGCCCAGGCGCUCUCUUCUUUGCCCGUGUACACGCGUGUCAUGGGGGAGCUGUCGGCUAAAUCUGCCACUGCCGCCGAUGCCUCGCUCGGCGUUGGAAAAACAACCGCAGCGGCAGCAGAGGCCAAGAAUGGUGACACCACACCCCAGCAAAAGAAGAAAAAGUCAAAGGACGAGAGGAACAAGGAUGGUGCCGCUAGCGAAGAAGGGCCCCUGCGCGUGGGCUCCCGCGAGCGCCUUUCCCUGGGGAAGGGGCCGCUCAAGUUCCUCGGGGCCCCACUGCGACGUUCCAUGGGCAAAGGAAAGAAGUCUGAAAGACACCCCAACCGCUACUCUGCAACGAGCAAAGACUCCCACGAGAGCCUCGGGGCGGGGAGCGCGACGUUGGAGCGCGAGCCGCCGCCGCCCGUCACCACCUCGUGCAUGCGCAUGCCCUGGACCCGCCGUGGCUCCGGUUCUUCGGACGAGUUCACCGAGAGCAGCCCUGCCACCGCGGGGAGUCAGCAGAAGACGACCUCAGCUCUCACGUCCUUCUUCAGACGUUCACUGAGGAGGUCAUCCGGCAGUGGCAGUUUCAGCCCCGGCAGUGGCGCAUCGGAAGAGCUGCCCGGCAUGAUCACGGAGCCCAAGGCCACGGGCCACUCGCACACCUUCGUUCUUGCUGCCAGCCAGCCUGGAGCCAAGGACGAGCCGUCCCCAUCUCGGGGUCACCACUGGCAAAACCGUGAGGUGGUGGAGUGGACGUCACAGCAGGUGUGCCAGUGGCUCAUGGUGCUGGGCAUGCAGCAGUACACACAGCAGUUCGAGGACAAGAAUGUGAGUGGGGAGGAUCUUCUGCAGCUGGACAUCAACAAGCUGAAGGCUCUGGGCGUUACCGAUGUAAGCGACCGAACCAUUAUCAAGAAGAAACUGAAGGAUCUCAAGAUGGCCAUUGAGAAGGAGCGCAAGGCUCAAGAUAAGCAAGCAAAACUGAAGGAAAAGUCAAGGAAGAAGGUUGACGGCAUCCCGAGUGGCCAGUCGGAUGCAUGAACAAAACCGAGAAAUGCGUGUGCGUGUCACGUGCAAGGCACCGCACGGCCACGCUUUGAGGCCAUUGGGCACAGCCACAUGUAGUUAACCUCGUGUCUCCAGGUGCCCCGGGAGUAGCCUUGUCCAGGCAGUGCCUUCAUAUACCCGAGUUGCUGAAACGCCCGUCUUCGAGCGCAGUGGUGUCUUGUUGUUGUUCGGCCUUACAAAAGGUGUGCAGGUAGUUCCGUCAAACGAAUGUAGUGUCUGCUCGACAGCUGAAUUGUGAAACAUAACAUGGACCUCGUGGGCCCCUAAGCUAACAGGGAUACUGGCAGGGUACCUGAUAUAUCUUAGCUGUUAUUCAUUCUUAUUGAUGAGUUUUUUUUAUAUGAGAGUGAUUUGGGGGGAGGGGUUUUACUCGAAUUAUAUUUUGUAUUAAUGUGGAUUCCAAAAAAAACUCAAGUCACUCCCUCCUGUAAAUAUAGGCUCUACUUUAAUGAUCGCUUGCUAAUAAUGAACUUUUUUCAUAUUUUAACUGUGGGACCAAUGUAAACAAUGAAGGAAUGCACUUUGAAAACAAAUUAGGUGUGAUUUCGUAAUUACUACUGGCGUGUGCUUUUUACAAGGAAAUACCGUUGUCAUUUUAACUGUGGGUGUGAUACCUCCUCGCACUCUGCGCGUCGUCAUCACGCAGGGGGCAGAGGGGAGAGGUGCCCCCCGCGUGCAGAACAAGUAGAUGAGUACAGCAACUCGCUCGCUGUUGCGCGUCUGAGCGGUGAUCAGUUAGGGCCACCCGCCAAAUGUUUGUACGUUUGCCAAGCGUUGAAUGUGAACCACUGUUUAUUACAGAGCACUACCGUUGCCGUCAAAACACUGGAAACUCUUAAUUAUGUAAGGUUGGUUUUAUGCUCAAGCGUAAUUUUGAUCAACGCAUUUAAUGUAUCCUUUUUAAACAAUCGACACAGUAUAGCGUUGGUUUUUUUUCGCUCGCCUUCACGAUGCUGCUGUUAUGCUGGGAUAGAUUUUAAACUGUUGGGAUUUGAGAAAUAUCUUGCAAGUGCACUGGUGUAGCUUGAUCUGAUGAGGGCUGUAAUUAUUUUAUGUCUGCUUUUGUUGGGAUUUUAUUUUGUUGUGGAUUUUGUUGUUAACAAAGGGUAUAUAUUGUGGAAGCAUUUGUUUUCAUUAACCCGGAUUAUUGCGCUCUUUACUGUCCAUUUAUUCGAGCAUUGAUUGAUUUAACUUCUGAGUUUAAAUACAUUCUGUGAUGUUGACGCACAACAUUAGCCCGGCUGCUGCAAUGACUUGCUAGCAAAUACGGGUUUUCAUCUAAAGCAGUUUUACUUUCAGUAGGUUUAGAAAUACAUUCGACAUUGGAUUUUUAUAAUUGUGGGAUUACUACUGGAAUAUAUAUUUUUAAUUUGUUACAUUGCAGACAGGAUACAUUCCAUUUUUUGAAGUUAUUUGGACUAGUGAAAUUGCUUUUGUGACCUUAUUUAGGAGCUUUGCUGGUAUUUGACAUUUUUUGUGUAUCUUGUCAUUGAUUUUAGAAGAUAAGAGUAGUUCAUCUAAAAAUGUGUAAUAUUUUCCACGAGUUGAGUAAAAUAAUAAACUGGUUAAAUCAG